UUUUUUUCUUUUUUUCUUAAUCUUUAAUCCAUGUUCUUGUCUAUCUGUAAGAGUUUAAUGUGUCUGAUCGAGAUCCCCGCAUAAUACCCUACGUCUCAAUUUUUCCAGUGGAAAACCAUAUAGAUCAGGAAUCUGCCCUGUGUGACUCAUUGGGUAGGGCUCCAAAGAGUUCAACGUUCUGUCACGGACAUUCUCAGGCAGGAUGUCUUCCUCCAAGCAUCACCCUUCCGAUUGCGAGAAAUGGCCCCAAAAUACCCAGGAGGAUGCUUCGCCGGCAGAUACCAAUUCUCUUGCCGGGUCUACGUCGACGGAGGAUACCGAAGAACUGCAACAAAUUGUCACACAAGCUUCGCGACAGUCGAUGUCUUUGGCCAGAAAGACCACCACUAUCGGUACUAACGCAACGUCGGACCCGAGGUAUGAAGUCGACUUUGAGGCUGAAAAUGACCAGAUGAACCCCAAGAACUGGUCGCUCAGGUACAAAGGGAUGGCGAUUGCGUUUCUGUCCUGGAACACUCUGGUCGUUGUCUUGUACUCCACGUCAUAUACCUCUGGCAUCGCAGACAUCGCGGCCGAGUUUGGGACUUCAAACACCAUUGUUACAUUAGGCCUUACUCUAUACCUUAUCGGCCUUGCUGUUGGCUCUAUGUUUAUGGCACCCUUGAGUGAGGUGUACGGUCGAAAGCCCGUAUCUGUGGGUUGCUUGUUUGUUUUCAUGGUCUUGAUCAUACCUUGUGCACGCGCAGAGUCUGUAGCAACUCUCAUAGUUGUACGAUUCAUUGGGGCUUUCUUUGGCAGUGUCAUGAUCUCAACUGCGCCAGGAAUGGUGUCAGAUCUAGUUAAUGAUGAAGAGCGAGCCCUCGCCAUGUCGAUUUGGAGUAUCGGCCCCGUAAAUGGCCCAGUCUUGGGGCCCAUUAUUGGAGGCUUUGUCACGCAGUAUCUCGGCUGGCGUUGGAUGGACUGGAUCGCGCUGAUACUAUCCGGCGUCGCUCUAGUACUUUCAUUGAUAAUGAAAGAGACAUACGGGCCCAUGAUACUCCAGAAGAAAGCUGCAUGCAUGCGUAAAGAGACCGGUGACCCCUACUGGAGCCGAUACGACCAAAAGGCUAGUCUAGGCGAGAUCCUGAAAGUGAAUCUGGGACGGCCUUUCGUCAUGGCUGUCACCGAGCCUAUCUGCAUCUUCUGGAACAUCUACAUCGCAAUCGUCUACGGCAUCCUGUACCUCUGCUUCACCGCCUAUCCCAUCGUCUUCCGUGACAUUCGCGGCUGGUCCCUCGGACUCUCAGGCCUCGCCUUCCUGGGCAUCGGCAUCGGCAGCCUCAUAACCAUCGCCUGCGAACCCCUAAUCCGCCGCAUGAUCAACAACCACGCAAUUGACCCCGAGACGGGGAACGUGCCCCCAGAAGCCAUGGUCUCGAUCGUUUGCAUUUCCGCCAUCUUAAUCCCCGCCGGCGAGCUCUGGUUCGCAUGGACGUGCGCCCCGGCAUCCAUCCACUGGAUCGUGCCCAUCCUCGCGGGAGUUCCAUUCGGCGCUGGGAACACUGGCGUCUUCAUCUAUGCGUCGAAUUAUCUGUCGUAUAGUUAUGGAGUGUACGCUGCAUCCGCCAUGGCGGGCAAUUCCGUUAUUCGUAGUAUCCUGGGCGGCGUUUUGCCCUUGGUGGGUACGUAUCUCUAUGCUGGGAUUGGACCUAAUUGGUCUGGAACGUUGCUUGGGCUGCUUGAGGUUGCUAUUAUUCCGAUUCCGAUUGUGUUCUACAAGUAUGGAUACAAGAUCCGGCGGAAGAGUGCCUUGAUUGUGCAGAUGCAGGAGGACAAGAAGAGAUUGGAGGGGAAGCGAAUGCGUCUCCAACAACGACUAGAGGCGAAAGCGAACGCAGAGGCAACCGAGAAGGAGAAGACGGAGGUUUAAACUGCAUCAGCAUCUGCACUGCGAGAAAUCAUGAAGAGUGACACAAAAAGCAAACAGCAUAUUCUGCAUUCAACGGUAAUUUCCCAAAAGUUCGGGUUAUUCCCCCGUUUGGCGUUCGGUUCGAUUUCAAAGCGCAUAUACAACAUCGCAUGUAUGGCAACGAAGCCAUGUGUUCAAGAUAAUCAUAAUGAAUAGUGUGUUCAAUUUAGAUAAAGAGUGAAAAUGUGACUUGCAUAUUCCUGUCGAUUGGAAGAAGAUAGAUAUCAUCCAGGUCGCCGCACCCUUCGAUACACUUCCAACGAAUGAUGCAGGAUCCUCUCGUACUCUCCCACCGCAAUUGCGCCGGCUCGGAAUACCAUGACUGCCUCCACGUAGACCGAGGACUCUUCUCUUCUCACGUACCCGAGCACGUUCACCCACGCCCCAACCCGCAGCUCGUCCGCCGUCACCGUUUGCAGAACGGCAUUGACGUCGACGGGGAUGCAGGGCGGUUCCUGGGUUGGUUUACAGCGGGGGUAAUUAUGUUCUAAGAUGAGGUGGCCCGUGGCGACAUUAUAAGUCUUUACGCUAUCGUUAGUCGCGUGGUUAGCUUUUAUAUCAUGCAUGUACGGUCUGGGCUAGAUAUCCCAGCAUUGGCAAUCUACGCACCAACCAAGAAACCGAACCUUCAAACCAGCAGGAAGAGAAGGAACACUAGAGAGAAAAACUCUCGUGGAAGGAGGAGGGCCA